CACUCGUUCGUUUGUGGAUCGCCUCGACCAGCUUAUCGUGAUCGCCUCACCCAACUGCAUACAACACCACCGACAUGGUCGAACUCAUCGACGACAGCAAUGGAGCUGGCCCGACCAACAACGGGUCCGCUCCGGUGAGUCCUGAGAUGAACGCACCAGCAGCAUUCAGCAAUGGAGGUGCAUCGAAACCAAAUAGAUCGUCUGCCUCCGACCCUCGAACGGACGAGGUGCUUUACUCCAACAUUGGCAUCACCACCCUCCUCGACCGCCUCAAGCAAAGCAUCGCCUCCACCCGCGACUUUGCACAAUUCCUCAAAAAACGCUCCAACCUCGAAGAAGAACAAGCCAAAGGUCUCAAACGCCUGACCCAAGCCCAGCUCGAAAAUGUCAAACGCACCGAAAUGCGCGGCGGUUCCUACGCUCACCAACUCGGCGAAGUCCUCCGCGUGCACGAACGUAUGGCCGACAACGGAAUGCAAUUCGCCCUCUCUCUACACCAAAUGCACGAAGACCUCGAUCUCCUUUCCGCCAACAUGGAACGCGGGCGCAAACAGUGGAAACAUGAAGGAUUGGAUGCCGAGAAGAGGGCUGCGGACGCGGAACAGGCGAUGCAAAAGGCCAAGGCGAGGUAUGACUCCCUGGCGGAGGAUUAUGAUCGUGCGAGGACGGGGGAUACGAAGGCGGGGAGGAGGUUGGGGUUGAAGGGUCCGAAGAGUGCGGAGCAGCAUGAGCAGGAUUUGUUGAAGAAGACGCAGGCGGCGGAUGCGGAUUAUGAGGAGAAGGUGAGAGGGGCGAAGAGUCAGAGGGAGUGGUUGUUGAGUGAUAUGAGGCCCAAGGCGGUGAGGGCGUUGUUGGAGUUGAUCAGGGAGAGCGAUAGUGCGUUGACGUUGCAGUUGCAGAAGUUUGCAACAUUCAACGAGAAGCUGCUUCUCGGCAACGGACUGGCGGUCACACCAUUGAGUGAAACGACAGGCCCGGCAGGACCCAAGAGCUUGCGAGACAUGGUCAGCGAGAUUGACAACGAUGUUGAUUUCCAUCACUUCGUGGCUGGACACGCCAGCAAGGUGUCGCGGCCCAGCGAGAUCAAGUACGAGCAACACCCAACUCUGGCACCUAAAACGCAACAACCACGAGCAGCGCCUCCAGCAACAAGCCACUCACCUUUAGCGAUGAACCCUACAAGUGGAGGAGGUUCCAGCUUCACAGUACCCACACUGGGAGGAUCCAGCUUUGCAGCACCAACAUCCGGCAACUCGCAACCCGGCUCAGCACCAUACGCACCCUACUCACCAGCAGACGCCGCUCCACCUUCCUCCUUUGCCGUCAAGCAAUCCCACGAUCCCAUUUCACCCGUCCAGCGAGCAUACGAUUCUCCCGCCGCACCACCUUACCCACAACAUCCCUCCGAGCGCAGCCUUCCCAACCACUCCACCCCAAUCGGCGACCAAUUCUCCUCCCCCUCUCCCCACAACCAAACUACCGGCUCCAUCCCCGUCGCACUCGCCCCAGGCCCUCGAUCUCCCUCACCCUCUCCCGCCCAUCGCGUCUUCGCCACCUCCCUCGACGAUCUCUUCGCCCGCGACGCCUCCGCAGUCCCCAUGCUCGUCUUCCAAUGCAUCCAAGCCAUCGACCUCUUCGGCCUCGGCACGGAGGGGAUCUAUCGCGCCCCAGGAACCGGCUCGCAAGUCACCCGUCUCCGCAACGCCUUUGACACACUGCCACCCAACCACCCUUCUCUCGACUUCCGCAAUCCCGCGAAUUUCGGCCACGAUGUCAACUCCGUGGCGAGUCUGUUGAAAUCCUUCUUCCGGGAACUGCCGGAUCCGCUGUUCACGCGCCAUCAAUACAGCCAGUUUAUCGACGCAGCGAGACAUGAAGACCCCGGCGUGAGGAGAGACGCCCUGCAUCAGGGCAUCAACGACUUGCCGGAUCCGAAUUAUGCUACUUUGAGAGCGCUUGUGCUGCAUCUGCAUCGGGUGAUGGGGAAUGAGGAGAGGACGAGGAUGGGGAGCGGGAAUUUGGCGGUCUGUUUUGCACCUACCCUCAUGGGCAACCACACCGGCCCACAGAUCAGCGACGGUGCACUGCAGCAGAGAGUGGUGGAGACGAUUUUGGCGAAUGCGACGGCAAUCUUCGAUGAGGAUUGA